AUGGCCUCACCUGUCACCCCCAGGCCUGCGCAACUGCAACCUCCGGCGCCUGAGUCGCCUGCGGUACCUGGCCCGUUCCCGGGCCUGGCGGGCCGGGAGAAUUCUAAACCUCUCCCGGUCCCGCUCCGCCGUCUCCUUCGCGAGCAUAACUUGCUCGCAGAAGGAGACGGCAGAGUUCCACGCACUCUCGCUACGCACGAUAGCCGCAAUCAGGCUAUCGAGCGAGAGAACUCCCACUCCGAUGGCUGCCACGAGGUCUCGCCUUGGCUCCUUGCGGAUCAGACACAGGUGAUCCCCGAAACAUCCUUUCCCAGUGAUCACCUGCGUCAGUCGGUAUGA